UACAUACAGGUAUACCUUGGAAAGCUUUCAAUGCUAGCUGCAGCAUUCCGUUGAAGAACUUCACAGAGCAAAGAAAGCAGCCAGGGCGAGCAUGGAGGGCCGGAUCAGGAGCCUCCCCGACGCAGCCGCGGCCGCCAUGGCGCUGGCAGUCGCCAUUGUCUUCCUCUUCUCCGCCGCCGCACCACUGGCGUCCGCGGAAUCCGUCGAGCACACUUUCGUCGUGAGCCAGACAAAGAUGACGCGCCUGUGCAAGGAGACGCUGGUCACCGUGGUGAAUGGGCAGCUCCCAGGGCCGACGAUUGAGGUCACAGAUGGAGACUCGGUGACCGUUCAUGUCGUCAACAGGUCACCCUACAACAUUACGAUCCACUGGCACGGAGUGAAGCAGUUUCGGAACGGUUGGUUCGAUGGGGUGCCGAUGAUCACCCAAUGCCCUAUCAUGCCGAACAAAAAUUUCACCUACCGGUUCAAUGUCGUCAGGCAGGAAGGCACCCUAUGGUGGCACGCUCACGUCCCUGGCCUACGGGCAACUCUCCAUGGCGCAUUCGUCAUCCGGCCAAGGCAUGGGGCCGAGUCGUAUCCAUUUCCUAAGCCUCAUAGGGAGGUCCCAGUCAUUAUAGGGGACUGGUGGGAGAAGGACCUUGUCGAGGUGGCCAAGAACAUGACGAAGAACAUCUUUACGGCAUAUGCCAGGGCAUCCACAGUCAAUGGCUUGGUAGGAGAUCUCUUCAAUUGCUCCGGUGUCGCUAAAGAAGGCUAUGUUCUGGACGUGGAGCCUGGCAAGACCUACCUGCUACGGAUAAUCAAUGCUGGUCUCUUCUCUGAGUUCUAUCUAAAGAUCGCUGGGCACAAGUUCACUGUGGUGGCUGCCGAUGCUAACUAUGUCAGCCCCUUCACCACAGAUGUCAUCGCCAUCGCACCUGGCGAGACAGUGGAUGCUCUGUUGAUUGCUGAUGCACCCCCUGGAAGGUACUACAUGGCCGCCCUGCCCAAUCAGGCACCAUUGCCUGACACCCAGACUCCGGAGUAUGCCACAAGGGGGAUGGUGCAGUACAAGGUCAGCCAAGGCCCCUGCAGUGGCCCAACGUCAGUGAGCUCGAGCCGGGGUACAGAAGAAGAAGGAUGCCGAGGUCCAUCAUCAGGAGAUGUGCCGAUAGUGCCUGAGAUGCCUGAUAUACAUGACACAGUUACAUCCUUCUACUUCCACAGCAACCUGACCAGCCUGCGGCACCAUGCGCGCCUUCCGGCGCAACGAAGAGUCGACGAGCGCAUGUUCAUUGUGCUUGGCCUUGGCACCAUCUGCAAGCAAGGCCACAAGUUCUGUAAGAGAGGCGACAGUAAGGAGGACAUCCUAGUGGCUACCAUGAACAAUGUCUCCUUCCAGCCCCCUGCAGUGACGUCGACACCACUACUAGAAGCACACUACUACCACACUGGCCCCUGUGGAAAAGUGCAAGAUCUUCCAAAGAUGCCACCAAAAUUAUUCAAUUUUACUGAUGAAGCCUUAAUCCCGUUUGGACCCAAAGAGAUGCGGCUAGAGCCGACUUACAAGGCGACGUUGGUCCGGCGGUUCCAACAUGGCGCCAUCGUGGAGAUAGUCUUCCAGAGCACCGCAAUGCUACAGGGUGACUCAAAUCCAAUGCACCUACACGGGCAUGACAUGGUCGUGCUUGCACAAGGGCUUGGCAAUUAUGAUCCAGUGAAGGAUGGGGCCAGGUACAACCAUGUGAAUCCACCAGUGAAGAACACUGUGCUCGUCCCAAAUCUUGGGUGGAUCGCCGUCCGAUUUGUUGCCAAUAAUCCAGGCGUAUGGUUCAUGCAUUGUCAUUACGAGUUUCAUUUGUCGAUGGGCAUGGCAGCUGUGUUCAUUGUAGAGGAUGGGCCAACAAUGGACACAUCUCUCCCUCCGCCACCCGUGAAUUUUCCUACUUGUGGCCAUGACAUUGAUCUCAUGCCAAAGAUUUCUACCUCCAUACUAAGGAAAGUGAAACCUAGCUAGCUCAGAAACGGAGUAUGAACAAAAAUAUCUGGCCACUUGUUUUUAAAUAAAUGAGUAUGAAUAAUGAACGUGUGGUAUGAGAUAAAAUACGUUGCAUAGAUCUACUACUGCAGAUAUCUGUGCUGGAUCUUGAAAAAGCCCGACACAAAUAGUGGUGCUAAUGAAUAUGAUCGAGUCAUGUAAUUAAGUUUUUUGUGAUGAUAAUAUAUGACUAUCGUAGCGUUAAGUUA